AUGGUCACCGCGACCCCCACGUCCCCUGUUUCCCCCACGUCCCCUGUUUCCCCCACGUCCCCUAGUUCCCCCAUUUCCCUCAACAUAAAAGCUUUCAUUUGGUCUGAGGAGAGUGAAGGAUCUGGUUCUGGUCGUCGCGUGAAAGCAGACGUAGAGCCGCACGUGGGUCGCGUGGUGCUGGUGGAGGCGGGGGGCGGGGCGGAGCGCCGCCGUCCCCACCAGCCUGCCUUCCCCGCCCUCGUCGUCGCACCCACGGCACAGAUCAAAGUCAAAGAGGACUAUCUCGUACGCUCCUUCAAAGAUGGCAGAUAUUACACAGUGCCUAAGAAGGAAGCGCGCGAGUUCCGCAAGGGCAGCGCUCCACUGGAGUGGGCCGGUGUGGACGCAGCCUUACAGUACCUGAACAACGCAGUGCUGCCCCCGCACUGGGACAGAGAUGCACUCUUCAAUGAACCGAGAAAUACUUCUGAUGACAGUUCAGACGAUGAGCCGCGGGAAGAGAAGGAUCACUUUGUGGCACAGCUGUACAAGUUCAUGGACGAGCGAGGCACACCCCUCAACAGGAACCCCACCAUCGCCAACAAGGAUAUUGACCUGUACAGACUGUUCAAGGUAGUAGAAAAGUUAGGUGGUUACAACAGAGUGACAAAUCAAAACCAAUGGAAAACAAUCGCGGAUAAGAUGGGCUUCCACCCGGUCACCACCAGCAUCACGAACCUAUGCAAACAAGCUUAUAAGAAGUUCCUGCACAGCUACGAGGACUUCUACCGCAAGUUGGGCGUGACGCUGGUGGCGCACCCCCGCGGCGCGCGCACGCCGCCGGCCGGCCGCUCGCUCAUACGGGACAGGGACCGCCAGCCGCCCGCCUCCUCCUCUAACUGUUCUACUCCGACACCGCCCGCGCAGGGUCCUUCUACUUCCGCGGCCACUCAGCGAGGCAAAGACAAAGAUUCAGAUAAAAGUGAAACGGAUAAGAGCGACAAGAGUGAGAAAGAGGAGAAGCCGGAGAAACCAGAGAAAGUAAAGGAGAAGCUCGCACCUCGCACCAGUGACGGAGAGGACAGCGCAGACAACCAGCCACUGAUUGUUACUGCACCGAAAAUAGAUAAAGAAAAAGAAAGGGAAAAAGAAAAGGAGAAAGAGAAAGAAAAGGAGAAGGAAAAGGAAAAAGAGAAGGAGAAAGAACGAGAAAAGGAGAAGGAAAAAGAAAAAGACAGCAAGGAGAAGAGUUCAGCUUCUACUAGCACUAGUGAGGAGAAAGAGAAAGUAGUAGUGAAACCUCGGUCUCAGUCUAAAGGACGAACUAUCACGCCUGUGAAGACGGAGAGCCAUGAGAAACGGACGCCGAAGCGACGCCCCCUAUCUUCCAAGAGUGAAGGUGUUAGUGCGGGCACUUCCCGAGCGUCUCGUCGGCCGCACGCUUCUACUGACAGCGACAGCUCUGGCCGCGCUUCUAGAUGUGGGCCUAUAAAGAAGAUGCAGAGUCGUCGCAGCCAGAGCGCGAACUCUGCCAGUAGCGGCAACACCAUAGCCUCCAACAGCAGCAAGCGACCGCGGAAGAGGAAGAACACCGAACCAACCAAUGAACCGACGCCGCGCUCCGGAGUAUCGAAUGUGAAAGCACAAGUGGGAGACAAGUUGAAAGUGUACUACGGACCCACCCAGUCCGAAUCGAAGGUAAAAGUGACGUACGAGGCGAAGGUGAUCGACAAGUCGGCGACGGGUGACUUGCUCCGCGUGCACUACCUGGGCUGGAACACGCGCUACGACGAGUGGAUCAAACCACAACGCAUCGCACUCAACGUCACGCAACACGAGCAGAGGAACAAAAAAGGUUCUGGUAUGAGCAGGCGUGUUCGGAGCAAAAGGACUGAAGAGUCGUCGGCACGGUCAGAUUCCGAUAGUUCCGAAAGUGACGACGACGUCAAGAGACCACCUAAGAAGUCCGACGAUAAAUCUAGUUCAAAGACUCCAUCGAGAUCUAAAGACGUGAAGUCAAGUGACAGUAAUGGUUCAAACAAGCCACGCAAACGGCCAGUGAGGACAGUGUCCACCCCUACUUCAGUGUCCCCGGCCAAGAAACCACGGCCUAAUGCACCCGGCCAUCAAGGCAGAGAUUACGAUCUUAAUGAAAUACGCUCCGAACUCAAAGGGCUACAAACUGUCAAACAGGAGCCCGAAGAUAGCAAGCAAGAAUCCGCCGACGCUGACGAGGCCACUCCCUCGCAAUCCACUGCACCACCUCCCGAGCCCAUGCAACAAGACAAACAGCCCGAAGACGUCUACGAGUUCAAAGAACCAGAACCCUUCGAGCUAGAACUGCACGACGAAAAGAAAAAGCGCACCCAUCGUAUAUUCGACGACAUUUCACCCAGCAAAUACACGUCUACAUUAUCCAAGUCACUCAGUGAAGAAAUUUCCGAAGAUCCCAUGCGGCCCCGGCCGUCAUCCCUCAGGUCACCUUCCUUGUCUCCUUUCAGAGACUUCGGCGUCACCAGAGAUGUGAACCGUCAGAGUCCCGAGGAUGACUCCAAAGAUGGUCUGUUCUCGCUCGAUGACGACUCAUUCCCUGGCGAUGGUAGUUCAGGACCGACAUUUGAGGGAUUCACUCCAGCUAAGAACCAAGAAACAUAUUCGAAGAAAAGCAAAGUAUCUAAAUUGAGAGAACUUAUUGAUGACUCUCCUGACAGCCCAGCAGAUGACGAGCAGUCAUCAGAUGAUGAACCAGAAGAUAUCCCUGUAAAGGAGGAAGCAAGGGAGCCUACACCCACGUUACCAGUGGUUGAAGAACCCAAGACUCCAGAAACUCCCGUGAAAGAUGAACCCGCGGAGCCUGAAAUUGUAGUCCCAAUCAAAGAAAUAGUAACAGAGGAGAAGGAUAAUAAAGAACAUAAAGAGCCUAAAGAGGUUAUUCCCGAACCGCCCAAAACUCCUCCACCGCAAAAGAAACCAGAUUCACCACCACCCAAACCAACGGUGGCGCCCACUGCAAGCGUUACCAUCACGCCGCCAACUAUUACUGUCACUGCAGCGCCGACUCCCGAACCUGUUGUUGACAACGUAGAGAAGGCAAAGAAGGAAGAACCUGUCAAUCCUCCCCCUGUUAUAGUUACUCCCCCUCAACAACCAAAAGAAAAUCCGCUCAAACUAAAAAUUGACAAGAAAUUGGAUCCGGUUCCCAUAGAGCCAGCUAUAUUGAAAAUGCAACCGCCAGCGAGCCCUCUAAUGGAUACCGAAGAAGACAAGUCCGAGCCGGACAGUCCUGCACGAAUUGACGUGCUGCCGGAGCCACCACCAGCAUUCUUGCUCCAAUCCGAGGGACCAAAGAUAGCUGAGAAACUUUUGAAAGCUAUCAGCAGCGCUAAGCGACUCUCAAUGUCUCCUCCGCCCUUGGAAGAUCGUCCAGUUACACCUAAGAUGGACGCAAUCAAACCGAUUAAACCAGAGCACAAGCUCUCGCCCGUGAUGAGUAAUGAGCCAAAGUCGCUAAAACCAGAAGCAAUCAAACCAACACUGAAACCUGAACCAAUAAAGAAGGUGACACCACCAGAGCCUGCCGAGAUAUACGGCGAGUCUUCCAAUAUAGUGGAGGUGAAGCGUGACGUGCUGGAGGUGAAGAAACCGAAAAUUGAGGAAGCGGUGGCGCCGCGGCUGCACUCCCCGCUGAGCUGCCUCGAGCGGCGCAGCAGCGUGGCGGAGCUGGCCGGGUCCGGCGUGCCCGGCGCGGCCGGCGUGCCCGGGUGUGGCGUGCCCGGCGUGGCCGUGGCGCCCAGCGUGCCCGGGGUGCCCGGCGUGCCCGGCAAGAACAACAAGGUGCUCAGUGACACCAUCCAGAAGCUGUCGAGCCAGAUCAACCAGUCCGCCGCCGCCGUGGCUGCCACCGUGCCGCUACCCUUCCCCAGCGACGAGCGCACCGACUCUAGCGACUCGGACGACUCCGACAGGAGGUUAAUAAUCGACAAGUUAGUAGUAGACGAGUGGGGCAGUAGCGAGCGGUCGUCUCCAGCUCAGUCCGCCCACACCCACAGCCUGGCCCCGCUGGCCCCCCACGCCCUGCCCCCGCUGGGGCCGCUGGGGUCGCUGGGUGCGAUGCCCCCCAGUACGUCGCUAGCGCUGGGUGCACGCUCGCUGCACGCUGGGAAGUCUCCAGGCGAGUGGAGCGCCGGGGAGUCUUUACUUAUGCUCGAAGAUGCGUGCAAGAACGAGCGGAAACAUAGCGCGAGCGUAGUAGUGGCGGGCGGGCCGCGCGAGGUGCGCGAGUCCCGCGAGGCCCGCGAGGCGCGCGAGGAGGACGGCAGUAUCUCGCUACUGCUGUGCUCGGAGACCAUCCCGGGCUCGCCCGCGCCUGACGCCGAGCCUGCGCCCCCGCGACAACGACUGCACAUGCCCUUCGCAUCUGCACCGCCGCAUCAUCACGCUAAAGAAGAGCGUCGUGGCGGCGUGCCGUGCGGGGGCGCGGGCGGGGGCGCGUGCGGGGGCGCGGGGGCGCGCGAGGCGUGGCGCGGGCGCGCGCUGGCCGACAACACGCCGCCCACGACGCCCGACAGCAGCCUCGACGCCUCGCCGCCACACAGGGAGCGUCGUAUAUCAGAACGAGAUAGUCCUUCGGAACGGAAGGACGACGAAGACGACAGCAGAAUGAACGACGUUUCAGGACUCGACAUAGAGAAGCCGCACGGUGCGCGGUCGCGCAAGGCGUCGGAGAGUUCGCUGGGCGGCGCGCGCGGGCGCGGGCGGCGCACGCGCCGCGACACGGACGACGCGCCGCACUCCGCGCAUGCGCACCACGCACCGCACUCGCACCACACGCCGAUGAAGUACAACUUCUAUGUCGAAUUAGAUCCGACCUGGGACUGCUCAACUCGCAUCAACUUGUUGACAACGCGACUAGCGGAUCUGCGCAAAGCUUACCAUUCAGUGAAGGCUGAACUUGCCGCUAUUGACCGCCGACGCAAGAAGCUGCGUAGAAAAGAGAGAGAAGCUGUAAAGGCUGCUAAAGCUGCCUGCUCCUGAUUCCAGUGGCUGUCAACAAGACAGUGAGACAUGAGGACCGUAGUUUGUUCGUUUUAGAAUAGACGUACGUCCUACGUAGAUAUAGUUACUACUUGUAAUAAAAUGAUGUAUUUUAUUUAGAAUGUUGAUAAGUCGAAUAAUUUAAGUUUUAAAUGACUUUAAAAAACAUAAGUACCAAACAUCAACUGAGAUGUCUGUAAAUAAGAGUAUAAUCUAUUUAAUUUGGAAUUUAUAAGAUGCUUUGUAUUGUAUAUUUUUAAACCCUGAGCCUACAGUCCGCUCGACUCAAAAAUUCGAUCGCUAAGUCAUGUCGAUGUCUAUUUUUUAUUGUAUUCUUUUUUAGCAAUCGAUGUUUGACGUUGUCAAUGUAGCCUUGACACCGUCAGUGUUAGGUGUUAGGGGAUAGCCAAUAUCGUAUUUUAUUUUUAUUGAAAAAGUUUUUAAUCCAUAAAUACGACAUAGGUACUGUACAUUCAUACUCAGAUGAUAAAUGGUUGAUUUAUUUGUUAUGAUCUUUGAGAAAGGAUAAUCGGAAUCUUAGCCAGUAUGUGAAUGUUAUUUUAAUAACUCUGAAAGUUAUGAUAAUUUAUAACAAAAAUGUUUUUUUAACGCAAUAUUAUUAUAAUAAUAUGUUGUUGUUACUGUGCAAGAUUAAACAAAACUGAAUGUGUUGCCAAUAAUAACGUCAUGAAUAAAUAAUGUGAUUAA